AGUCAUAUGAGCUGGCAUUGUUUGCCUCAAACCGCUUCAGGUAAGCCACGAUGCUGCUGAAAAAAAAUUGUGCACUUUGGGCCAUUUCAAAUGUCAUUUCUGCCGCUGUCGUCUUGAAGAAGGAUGAUGCGCACCUGGUGCUUGACAGAGCAAGGCGCGCCAACAGCGGCUACUUCGAUAAGUUGUUUCAGGGCAACAUCGAGCGCGAGUGUGUGGAGCAAAUUUGUAACUAUGAAGAGGCUCGGGAAGUUUUCGAGGACGACGCCCAAACGAAAAGGUUUUGGUUGACAUACACGGGUCAGGAUCCCUGCCUGGUCAACCCAUGCAAAAACAAUGGAACUUGUGUUUACAUGGAUGACUCUUACACAUGUCAGUGUCUGGAAGGCUAUGAAGGAAAAUACUGUCAGACAGUGUUUGAGGACACCCUGAAAUGCCUCUUCCUUAACGGGGAGUGCGAGCACUUCUGUAACAGUUCUGGGUCAAGACGCAAGUGUUCCUGCGCUCCUGGUUAUGCGCUGGGAGAGGACGGAAGAGAGUGUGUUGCCCAAGUUCAGUAUCCGUGUGGUAAAAUCCCAGGCUUGGAAGCUCCGAUGAGCCAGGCACAAGUCAGACUAGUCGGUGGGAACCACUGUCCCAAAGGAGCCUGUCCAUGGCAGGUCCUAUUGGAGCAUAAAGGCACUAGUCUGUGUGGUGGGGUCAUAGUUCAUCCUGACUGGGUCAUCACUGCUGCCCACUGUGUCGUGGAUAGAGACACCAAGGACCUGAUGGUGGUCGCAGGGGAACACAACAUUGACGUAGAAGAGGGCAGCGAGCAGAGGAUCCCCGUGGCCAGAGCCAUACCCUACAACCUGUACGACCCAGCAACAGGUGACAGUGACAUGGCCCUGCUGCGUCUGAGAGGGCCUGUAACUCUGGGCCCUGACGCUGUACCCAUCUGCCUGCCUCAGCAACACUUCGCCAAGAGCGAGCUGGCGGCCGUCCGCUUUCACACCCUUAGCGGCUGGGGGAAGCGCACCAACGGGGGCAACGAUCCCAAACCUGGCACCCCGCCAGCCCCCUCCUCACCCUUCCUCCGCAGGCUAGCCGUGCCCAUCUUGCCCAACUCUGAGUGCACCCUCAAGAGCGGCUUCAACUUCACCCAGAACAUGCUGUGUGCCGGCUAUAUGGAGGGGAACCAGGAGGCCUGUAGGGGGGACGACGGGAGCCCCCUGGUCACUUACUACGGGACCACCCACUUCCUGAUGGGCGUGGUGGGCUGGGGGAAGGGCUGCCCCAAACAGGGUUACUAUGGUGUCUACACUACCGUAGCCAACUACCUGGACUGGGCUGAGGAGGUGAUGAAUACUCCUUCAGUCAGUGCCCCGGUGCCUUCAGUCAGUGCCCCGGUGAUGCCAUUCCUGCUAGAGAUGGCAUUAGAGAAGGUUCAGAUUCAGCAGGCUACGGAGAAGUUAUUGCCACCACCUCCCAAUGUGCAGAGCAUUGUGUAUAUUUCAAGUGGUGAUUUGGAUGACCUGAUGCCAUACAGAAUGUUUGACCUGAUGCCAUACAGAAUGUUUGACCUGAUGCCAUACAGAAUGUUUGACCUGAUGCCAUACAGAAUGUUUGACCUGAUGCCAUACAGAAUGUUUGAUUUGAUGCCAUACAGAAUGUUUGACCUGAUGCCAUACAGAAUGUUUGACCUGAUGCCGUACAGAAUGUUUGACCUGAUGCCAUACAGAAUCAUCCCUAAUCCCUCUUUUUUUACCCUCUUGUCCUCCCCCUUUCUUUCUCUCUUCCCCUUUUUAUUUUUUACCCCCCCCCCCCCCACACACACACAAACACAAACACACACACAUUCCUUCCUCUCCCUCUCUCUUCAGCAUGUUCUCUCUCUUCCUGUCUCUCAGGUCAUUGCCCUCCCUCUCCGCCUGCUCUCUCCAGAGUUGUGCUCCACAGAGCAGCCAGGAGUAGAGAGGUGCCUCACCCAGAGAUCAGGCCAUGUUUCGGCUGUCCCAAACCUGUUUCCUUCUCUGCUGCUGCACGUCGUGGCCUCCGAGGUCUUCCUGAACAGUGACGAUGCUAACCAGGUUCUGAACCGGCGGCGGCGAGCCAACAGCCCAUUUGAGGAGUGGCGGCAGGGAGACAUGGAGAGAGAGUGUAUCGAGGAACGCUGUGACAGAGAGGAGGCUAGGGAGAUCUUUGAGGACGACAAACUGACUACUGAAUUCUGGAACAAAUAUUACGAUGGAGAUGCCUGUGUUUCUAAGCCAUGUGUCCACAAUGGCGUCUGCAAGGACGGGAUUGGGAUGUACACCUGCUUCUGUCUCGCUGGAUUCCAGGGGUACAACUGUGAGAUUGCCAUUCCUGAGCUGUGUGAGAAUAAGAAUGGAGACUGUGAUCACUUCUGCCAAGUGAAGAAGGACAGUGUGCAAUGCUCCUGUGCUGAUGGCUACUAUCUGGACACAGACGACAAGUCCUGCAUUUCCAACGAGGCCUUUAAGUGUGGCUUUGUGGUAUCCAAGAACACCCGCAGCAUCUUCAUCUACCAGCCUAACACCACUGCCACCAACACCACUGAAAAGACCAACAUGAUGGAGGACCCUAUCAGGGAAACGGCCUGGAACGUAACCCAACAGAGAGAAAUACAAUUUGCAUUUGAGGAUGACGUUAUCGAAAUGGUGAAGGAGAAGCCAGUCUUUGCCGAGGCGAGAGGCAACACCCGUAUUGUCAAUGGGGAGGAGUGUCCUCCUGGAGAAUGUCCCUGGCAGGCUUUCCUGGUAAACCACGAGGACAGGGGCUUCUGUGGAGGAACCAUCCUGAAUAAGUACUUCAUCUUAACGGCAGCACAUUGCAUGAACCAGACACGCUCCUUUUACGUUGUCCUCGGAGAGUUUGACACGGAGGUGAAGGAUGGGCGGGAGGCCAUCCACCAGGUGGAACAGGUGUUCAUCCACAGGUCCUACAUCUCCACCACCUAUCACAACGACAUCUCCCUCGUCAUGCUGAAGGACCCUAUCAAGUUCACCCAGUUCAUCCUCCCUGCCUGCCUGCCCGAACGAGACUUUGCAGAGAAGGUGUUAAUGAAACAGCACGACGGGCUGGUGAGUGGGUUCGGCCGUGUGGGGGAGGCCAAGCAGCCGUCCACCAUCCUGCUGCGUCUGACCGUGCCCUACGUACCCCGGGCCACCUGCCUUCAGUCCAGCCAGCACAAGAUCUCCAACCGCAUGUUCUGCGCCGGCUACGAUAAGGAGAAGAAGGACGCGUGCCAGGGGGACAGCGGAGGACCCCACGUCACCCGUUACAGAGACACUUGGUUCGUGACGGGCGUGGUGAGCUGGGGCGAGGGGUGCGCCCGUGAGGGCAAGUACGGCAUCUACACGCAGGUGUCCAAGUACAUCGACUGGAUCCGGGCGGUCAUGGGGAAGUUUCUCCCCAAGGAGGGAGGGAAGAGGAAGACGAGGGGGGCAGGUAGAAUGCACUCAAUGAUGUGGGUUUGAGGGAGACAAAGGAGAGAGGAGAACCAAUCAUUAAAGAGGCUUGGGGAAUUAUGGUCAAUAAACAUUGUUGUGUGGUUUAUCAUUGUUUUUCACAAAAUGUAUCCAUGACCAACUAACUUAAGGUAAAAAAAAAACAUGUUUUGUUUGAAUGUCCAGUCAUCACAUACCAACAUUAAACUACAUUACACAAUA